AUGUGAUUCGGAAAAAGAGAGAGAGAGAGAGAGAGAGAGAGAGUGAAACCCCUCCCGAGAAAAACUAGUCAUCUUAGCAAGUCACCUCAUUAGUGAGAGCAGAUGACGAUUCAAACAGAGACAAGAGGAGAGGUCAUUGUAUGAGGAGAGAGACGACCGAUUCCAUCUUUUUUUACAUAUUUUUUAUACGCUGGUGUCGGCAAAUACUGAUCGGACAUGUCCCCCUCCCUUCAACUAGUGGAUUAGUGGAUACUAUUUUUUUUUGCCUUCUUUUCACUUUAAACUAGAAACAACCAGGGCAACUUAUAAGUAACUGUUUGAUCUAAGUGUUAAACUCUCGGGUUGUUUUCCCUGAGUUUUGUUUUCUGGACGGUGCUUUCCUCUUCACCAUGGCCAGCAAGUGGAAUCUCAUGAUACUGGCUUUGUACCUCUCCCUCGUGAUGGUCCUGUCAACAGACUUCAGCAGCCCACGAUUUAUUAGGAAGAGGAAUAUUGCAAAUGAUGAGGAUAAAUGCACUGAAACUAAUGACGACGGAACGCCCAAUAAUCCAUGUGGAACAAAUGCGACCUGUUCCAAAAUAGACGGCAUCAACUAUUGCCAGUGUCAUGUUGGUUUCCAAUCAACAUCAAAGAAUGUGAGUUUUCAAGCUUUAGCGGAUCAAUGUAAAGACAUCAAUGAGUGCACUGAAAACAAUGAAAUCUGUGGACCUAAUACCGCAUGUGAAAACACAAUUCCCCAUUAUUCCUGCAUUUGUCUCAAUGGAUUCAAUUCUACAACUGGACUCGAAAGCUUUCGCGGCAGUGAAAACGUUACAUGCAACGAUAUUGAUGAGUGUAAAAAAGAAGAUGUUUGUGGUCCAAAUGCAGCAUGCCUCAACACACCAGGAAGUUAUCACUGUGUGUGUAAGAGUGGCUUUGGACUCAAAUCUGGCAGAUUUAACUUCACUGGCAGUCAGGAGAAAUGUGAAGACAUGUGUAGUAUUGAUAAAACAAUCUGCGGAAAUGGAACCUGCCACCACCGUGGAAACGGCAGCCAUGAAUGUGCAUGCCACGAAGGGUUCACUAACUAUGGCAACAAAAGGAGUCGCUGCACUGCUUUAAACUGUGAUGUAUUCAAAGAUAGGAACAAUCUGCGAGAGAAACUUCCCGCUGCACAUAACCUCAUGGUGCAAUUAGAAAAAAGCUGUCUCAACCUCACAGAAAGUGAGGAUCCAAAAGAGCUGGAUGGAGAGGACAUAAUGAAGCAACUGCUGUCUCUGAUCGACGAGCUCUUGUCCGGCGGAGCCUUCAAUGAUAACAGGAAAGUCUCCACCUUUCUGAACCUGGUGGAGAACAGUCUGAAAUUUGCAGCGGCUUUCAUUAAGCCCCCUGGGAUCAACGGAUCCUCCAGUUACUCAGAGCUGGAGCUGCUGGUAAUGAAAGGGGCUGAUUUACCCAAGGGGGCUGUGACUUUGUCAUCAAAACAAGCUAAACUGGACCUUCAGUUGGAGACUGCUGCUGGAGAUCCUUCCUAUUACCCUGGCUUUACAACAGUGUACCUGCUGGGCUAUGCAAACCUGGAGGACUCUACCAAAGGCUUCUAUGGAAAGAUGAAACCAGAAGCGAACCACCGCUUCGAGCUCAACUCUAAAGUCGUGACUGCCUCCGUCAGUAACAGAAACACGAGCCAUCUCGAAGAGCCAAUCAAAUUGACUUUGUACCACCUCAAAAAGACGAAUGAAAUGAACCACACCUGUGUGUUCUGGGAUGCCUCGGAGGAAGGCGGAUCAUGGUCUACCCGAGGCUGCCAAGUGAUCGAGUCCAAGCCUGAACACACCGUGUGUUCCUGCAACCACCUUAGCAGCUUUGCUGUGCUCAUGGCGCUCUAUGACGUAGAGGAUACGUUUGAAUUGCAGCUGAUUACAUGGUUGGGUCUGUCCCUUUCACUCAUUUGCCUGUUCAUCUGCAUCCUGACGUUCUCAUUGAUUAAAUCCAUCAAAAGCCCAAGAACCACCAUCCACCUGCACCUCUGCAUCAACCUCUUCAUCGCCUUCAUUAUCUUCCUCGCAGGCUUGUCUCGUACGGAGAACCGGGUUGGCUGUGCAGUGGUAGCAGGGCUGCUACACUUCUUUUUCUUGGCAGCAUUUUGCUGGAUGUGUCUGGAGGGCAUACAACUCUUUAGGAUGGUAGUCCUGGUCUUCAACACAAACUUCAAAACCCUCUACAUGCUGGCAGGUGGCUAUGGAGUCCCAGCGGUUAUUGUUGCUAUCUCUGCCAUAGUUAACGCCGGGGGAUAUGGCACCGAGAAAUAUUGUUGGUUGCACCUGGAAUUCAUUUGGAGUUUUUUUGGCCCGGUCUGCGUCAUCAUCGCUGUGAACAUUUUCUUCUUUCUCAUCACUGUGUGGAAGUUGGCAGAGAAGUUCUCAAGUUUAAACCCUGACCUUGACAAUCUGCACAAAAUAAAGGUGUUCACCAUUACUGCAGUGGCUCAGCUGACUCUGUUGGGCACCAUGUGGAUCUUUGGUUGUUUCCAAUUCAAUGAAGGCACAAUAGUCACGUCUUACCUGUUCACUGUCUGUGGCAGCUUUCAGGGGGUUAUGCUCUUUGUCAUGCAUUGUCUGUUUUCCAAACAGGUGAGGGAUGAAUAUGGAAACAUCCUGUCCAGAUUCUGGGCUCCUCGGGUGAAGAGUUACUCAAACAUCACCGACUCGCACACCAGCAAAGCUAAUGCAUCAAAGAGCAGCCAGGACACGGGAGAGUCUCGCCUCUGGGCACAAAGUAAAUUUUGAUUUAUUUCCCGAAGACAGCGCCUGACUACUGAUCUGCCAUUUGUGGUCAAUGCACUGGUUGGCUUCACUGCUAAAUGUCGUAAAUAGUAUCUUCUUUUAUAUGUUUUAUACAUUUUGCGUUGGUCUUUGUAACUGAAGCUAUUUAAAAUAUAACAGUUGACUGUUAUAAUUUUACACAAAUGAUCAAUUCCUGUCAAGAAGAGAAAUUCCAUUGUUAAGCUAAACUCUUGAUUACAGCACAUAGUGUGCUUUAAUUUCAUGCCCACAUUUGUUUUAUUUAAAUGUUUAAGAAUAAUGAUAAGUUUUGUAAUAUGGCUUGUCGUGUCGUUCAGGUACUUGAUUUAAACCAGCAGUGACGUUUCUGCGGAAAAGCACUUUUUUCAGGAGAACUUUUGUUUAAAUUGAAAUCUUCUUAAUGUGGCUUGCAAAGAGAAGGACAAUUAUAGAACAAAAAAAUAUUAUUUUCUGUAGUAGUAAAUAUGUGUAUAUAUUUCUAGGCAAUUCGGUGGGUAACAAAUUAGGUGGCUGCUUUAGAUCACGUGUAUUAUAUGUAUUCCAUUACUGUAUUUGGUUUCAAAACUUGAAUGUUCAACAUAACGUUUGUUGUAAGCACUGGUUUUAGCUAAAUUCUGGUUUGGUCCAAUUAUUUUAUCUUGUAUUUCUGAUUUACAUUUUCUGUAAUUUACCAUUUUAAUUUUUUGAAAUUGUGUUUUCAUACUUCCUAUGCCUCUUCUGCAAUGAAAUAAAUAAGCUCCUCAACAAGA